AUGGCCACAUCACAACGUGAUCAAGAUGGAGAAGCUCCGGUCAUGACCAUUGAUGCUGAGCGAGCUACUUUGCAACCUUCCAACACAUCUAGCAACCAACCCUCCAACGCUGCGUCCACUUCGACGGCAGCAAAAGAUCGAGGUGAUGGCAAGACAAUUGGAAAGGUCAAGUCACCUUCUAAGCUGCCUGCCUGGCUCAUCAACAAUCUUACUUCGGCUCGCUCUCUUCGCAUUCUAGCCAGGUGUUGGGUCGCUUCCUGGGCCAACUUCCUUCUCAUGAUCCCGGCGCCUUCCCUUCGCGUCCUCGGUCAGGCGGCUUUCUUUGGAUGCAUGCUCACCCUCAUGAUCCCUCCAUCCAUGCCCUUCUUUAUCUUCCUUAUCGCUUUUUCCAUGAUUGUCAUUGGUGCUUUGCUCGGCUGGGCUUUCGGAUGUGCUGCCAUGGCUGCUGCUGAUCGUGCUCGCAGCCAACCGCUCCUCGCCGCCGCUGUUCAAAGAGUACGCUCCUCCGCAGCCACCUCGACGAAUCCAGAAGCCUACGUCACUACCGCUGUUUUCCAGGGUCAAUAUCUCGACGUCCGCUCCACUGCCGUCUUUGGCGUCUUUCUCAUGGUCGGCGUCUACUUCUGUGCGGUUUUACAAGUCAAGCUUCCCAAGCUCAAGAUUGCUUCCAUCUUCAUGCUCAUCGUCCUGGAUAUCAUGGUCACCUAUGGUCCUCUUUUCCCCUACCCGAGAUAUACCCUCGGCCAGAUCUUUAUGAUCCCCAUCGGCUGCUCGCUUGCAAUCUGCCUCGCUUCUCAGCUUCUCAUCUUCCCGGAAACUCUCUCCUAUGCAUGGCAGCUUCGAUUCCUCUCUAUGCUCACCUCCACAAAAGACUUGCUUCAUCUCCAUUCAGAUGCACUCUCAGAUGCAUCCAAGAACGACGGUCCACAAUCCGACCCUUCGGCACGUUCGCCUUUCGAACAGCCAUCGAGCGCCAAUCUUCAGCAGAGCCUCAAAGCUGAGGACCACGCUGCCCAGACUGCUGCCGGCCUACUCGCCAAAGUCAAGCUCAACAGGAUGGCCCUGGCAGAGCAGGUGGCGGACAUCAAUGGCAUGACCGCCUUCCUCGGUAUGGAGUUCUAUCGCUCUUACUUCAACGCUCACGACAUGAAACUCAUCUUUAGAAAAACACGCUCGGUCAAUCUGCAACUUGUUCUUCUCAACGCUUUUUGGCGUCUUGUACACCGUGAACUCAACAUUGCCGAUCCCAAGACCUUUGACGAGGAUUGGGAUCCUUCAAAGGUACAAGAGGGCUACGACCUGGACGGCGAACAUGGCACCGAAGCCUUGCCCACCAAAGGUCGCCUGAAACCCGUCAAGUUACACGAGACUCAUACCAUCCAUCGCGUUCGCAGGGAUAUCUUCCAGAGCGAGGCACAGCAGCAGGUCACCAUGUCAAGGAUGCUCAACAUCCUGCACCGCGUAGCGAAACCCUCUCUCGACGCUGCAACCGAAUCAAUCGUGUCAAUCCAAAGCUAUUUUGAGGCUAAUGUUGCUUGGAGACAAAAGCGCUCCAUCGAUGAAAUCCUGCUUCAGCUUCACGAGACAAAGUCCAGCUUGGAAGGUGCCAGGAAAAGUCUAUUGAACGAUAAGAGAUUCGAGCUGUUGCAGCCUUAUGCCGAGCACUUUCGCGCUCUACAUCCCCAUCUGGAUCUCGAACAACACUUUUUGCAGACGAAAGAGUCGAUCCGAUCCUUCCGGGCCGGAGUUCGACCGUUGCAUGUCUGCCUUGUCUUUGUCACCAAUCUCAUCGAUGUUCUCGAUUCGGUCUCACAGCUUCAUGCAGAGAUGCUUACCAUCGCUGAUCGAGCGGGCAACAAGAAACGCGUUUGGUGGCCCAAGCAUCUCGGACGUCUAGCUGGCAUUCUCAGCAGCGAUAAGCGAGGGUCUUCUGACGGGCUGGACCGCUUCGGCCCUGGAGACAGUGGCUUCGACAGGGAGCAGGACAUGGACAACGACUUCAGACAAGAUCGAGCUCACACCGCCUCCUCUGCAAGCAGUGCCCAGACUUCCGCUGUAGCCGAUCAUCUCGAGGGAGAGAGCGACUCGGACGCAGACAAUGACGAUGCCGACAGACUGUGCCCAUCUUCAAGCUCUCCACGACCUAGAGACGAGGAAAAGGCUGCUGCAACCUCGAAAGACAGUGCCGCAGACAAGUGUAAGAAGGCAAAGCGGGCUGGAAAGCAGCGCUAUUACGCGCGUGAUCCCGAUGCACUUGCUCCGACGAGCGUGAUGCAUCGCAUCGGAAGGGGGAUAGCCGCUACGUACUACUUUGUCAGCGGACCAACGGGCAUGUAUGCGCUUCGCAUGUGCAUUGCUACGUUGGCGAUCUGGAUCACAGCAGUACUUCCAAACACAGCUUACUUUGUCUACCAGAAUCGAGGUAUUUGGGCCUUGAUCAUGGCGCAGACGGCUGCAGCACUUUCUGGAGGCGAGCUCAUCUUCACUUUUGCCAUGCGUCUUGGUGGUACGGUGGUAGGCUUGCUAUACGGAGCUGUGCUCUGGUACAUCUCGACCGGAAACGGUCGUGGGAAUGCCUACGGUCUGGGUGUCGCCACAGCCAUCGGAUUUCUGCCGCUCGUCUUCUUGCGUAUCUGGGCGCCCAAGUUGCUCUUGCUGCCAGCGAUCAUGCUCAACGUUUCGGUGGUACUGAUCGUAGGAUACUCAUGGAUUGAUACACACUUGCAGGUGUUAGCCAACGGUGGUAUUGGUAUCGAGGUGGCGUGGAGGCGAACGCUGCUCGUCAUCAUUGGAAUGGCUGUAGCUCUGAUCGUGAUGAUCUUGCCUCGGCCCGUAUCGAGUCGAAUGCUGCUGCGCAAGAACAUGGCCAAAGUGACGCGGCAACUGAACGAGAUGUUCGUCGAAGUGAUGGAGGCUUGGAUCGCGAGAAACCGGAUCUAUGAGCAGGAGUGGGAACGUGCCGGCUUUGCAAAUCAGAUCGACGGCAAUGGCGAAAAGACGUCGAAGGCGGAUGCGAUUGCGAAAUUGUGGCAGGAGCGAGAAGCAGUGAUUCGAGCGCGGUUCAUGGCGGUGAAUGCGCGCGUGGCGACGUAUCCGAUGCAGAUUGGGAUGGCAUCGAUGGACUUUCACAUUCGAGGAAGAUGGCCAUCGGAAAGAUACGUCGAGAUCGCUUCUGUGCAUGCGACGAUCGUCGAGUCGCUAGGAGCCAUCUUGUCUUCGGUACGAGCAUUCGAUGGAUACGCCACAAGCUCGGCUGACGAUGUGACAAGCAAAAAGGCCGCAGUGCCAACGAAGAGAGAGCGGAUGGACUGGCAGCUGAUGAUGUCGUCCUCGACGUCGCUUCUCGAUCCACAGUACCUUUCGGAGAUUUGCACGAUCUUUGACCUACUGUCGAAAGCAUUGAGAAACGGCGAGCGUUUGAACCACGCAUCCUUCUCGUUGCUUGAAAAUCACUUCAAGUAUGGGGAGCGCAACAGAAGAUUAGAUGCAAUCCUGCGCAAAAAUGCAGCGGCAAAGAAAGGACUGGCAGAAGGCAAUAAGGAAGAAGGACCUGCGUUGGAAGGAGAAGACGUGCUGGAUUGGAGUGUGUUGCAAGACGCAAUGUAUCUGCGCUACACUACGGCACGUAUGGCAGCGAUCACACUUGCUACCGAGCUAGACAAGUUCAAGGCGAUCGUACAGGAUCUGGUAGGAGAAAGCUCGCUGCACGGCUUUGACAUGCUCAAAGAGAGACAUGAUGAACGCUUGUAUCAAGCCACGGUUGCCCUGAACAAGGCCUAG